AUGACUAUGAAGAAUGCUGGAUGGGAUACUGCACUACAUAUAGACAUAGAUAGUUACUUUAAUUUCUGUGUACCACUCAGCAUGUUAUUAGGAUUCUGCGAGGACUACAAGCGCACUGUUAUUAAUGCACGUCAUGAACUAAUUUUAAUACGAUUGCGCAACGACAAAAACUGCAUAACAGCGGUUUUUCAGGUGGAUCGUGAAGCAUUGAAUGGAAAAAUUGAAUUAUUCAAAGUGCAAUGGCGAAUGCCACAUGUAAUGUUGAACGAUGUCACAAAGCUUUCACUGCUACGAACGCUGGAAAACGGGCGGUACUUGACCAUGAGUUUCCACUCGUGGGAUCUCUAUGAGUUUUCGUUAUUACAGAGCACAACUAAACACUCGUGGGCCGUAAAAACGGCGACACAACUUGAGAAACCAAAAUACGUCAUAUUUGCUUUGCAAACUGCUCGAAGAAACGAUAUGUUAACAGAUAUCUCACAAUUCGAUCAUUGUCAGUUGACCAAUGUAAAACUAUAUCUCAACUCUGAAUUCUACCCCUAUGAUGACUUGCAUUUAGAUUUUGACAAGAAAAAAUACGCCGUUUUGUACGACGCAUUUCCGUAA